CCUCGCCUGUGCUAAUUGAGCUUUGGUAUUCACCUCAUAGGAAGCCUUCUUUGCAAGAUGCCGGCUCCAGCUACAGUAGAACCGUCCCUGCAAGUCGUACAGGAAGCUGUCGCAAACUCGCGCAAUUCGAAAUACCCCCCAAAUGUUCUGCCACUGACAGCCUCUAUCCCCGCCGAUCUCUUAACACCAACGGUAGCAUAUCUGAAAAUCGCUGCCAAAUCAAAGCUGUCCUUCUUAUACGAAAGUGCUGCCACAACCGAGACAAUAGGCCGAUAUAGUUUUGUUGGAGCAGACCCUAGGAAAGUCAUCAAAACCGGCCUUGGCCACGGCCCCGAGUGCGACCCGUUACCGAUUCUCGAACAAGAGUUAUCACAAUUUCGUAGUGCGACGAUACCAGGUUUAAAGCUACCACCUCUGACGGGAGGUGCCAUUGGAUAUGUUGGAUAUGAUUGUGUGCGAUACUUCGAGCCAACAACAAGCCGUCCGCUUAAAGAUGUCCUCGGUGUGCCAGAGUCUCUCUUUAUGCUUUUCGAUACCAUCGUUGCUUUCGAUCAUUUCUUCCAAGUGAUCAAGGUUAUCACCUAUAUACCGAUUGAUUCCAGUGACAGUAAACUAGAAGAAGCCUAUCGCAAAGGCCAGGAAACCAUCCAGGAAAUGAUAAAUAUUCUGCUACACCCGGAUAUCCCGCUUCCGCCGCAAGGUCCAAUUAUCCCUAACCAGGAGUAUAAAUCAAACAUUGGCCAAACUGGCUAUGAAAGCCACGUUACAAAAUUAAAAAAGCACAUCAAGGUCGGAGAUAUCUUCCAAGCAGUGCCGUCGCAGAGACUAUCUCGCCCAACGUCUCUUCAUCCUUUCAACUUAUUCCGGCACCUUCGUUCCGUCAACCCUUCCCCAUAUCUGUUUUUCAUCGACUGCGGCGACUUUCAGCUCGUCGGCGCUAGUCCAGAGCUGCUUGUGAAGGAGGAAAGCGGCCGAAUAAUUACACACCCGAUUGCCGGAACCGUAAAACGAGGCAAGACAUCCGAGGAAGACGCCGCCCUUGCUGCUGAAUUGCGAGGGAGUCUGAAGGACCGUGCCGAGCAUGUAAUGCUGGUUGAUCUGGCUCGAAAUGACGUGAACAGAGUGUGCGAUCCAACGACCACCCAAGUCGACCGGCUGAUGGUCGUUGAGAAAUUCUCACAUGUUCAACAUCUCGUUUCCCAAGUCUCCGGUGUGCUACGCCCGGAAAAGACACGGUUUGAUGCCUUCCGCUCUAUCUUUCCUGCAGGGACAGUUUCUGGAGCUCCCAAGGUGCGCGCCAUGCAGCUCAUCGGGGAACUGGAAGGCGAAAAGCGCGGCGUCUACGCUGGUGCGGUAGGCUACUUUGGAUAUGAUAGGUCUAGCGCUGAUGGAUCGAGCGAGAUUGCGGGUGAUAUGGAUACCUGCAUCGCACUUCGCACUAUGUUACUGAAAGAUGGUGUGGCAUAUUUACAGGCUGGUGGGGGUAUUGUUUUUGACUCUGAUGAAUAUGAUGAAUAUGUGGAGACAUUGAACAAACUAGGGGCUAAUAUUGCAUGUAUCAAAGGCGCUGAAGAAACGUACUUGCAGUUAGAAAAGGAGGCAGCGGCUGCCAACUGAAGUUUAUUUAGAAU